UUUUGAUUCUAUCCUACAUUUCGAAAGGACUUAACGUUUAAACCUUGCCCCUAUGCAGUAAUGUGAAACACUUAUACAGAGAUGGUAUAGAAACUAACAACAUAAUCAAUAAACAAAGAUUUUGCUUGAUCAUCGUCUUUACAUGAGUUAUAAUAGUUGUGUUCUCAAGGACCACUUUACUCUACCACCGGAGGAUUCAAAUGCCAGAUAUAUCAGUGAAUUAACACACAAUGAACAGUUAUUGAAAGAAACUAAAUUAAAACAGUUUUUGAUAACAGAACAAAAGCGAUCGAAAUUGUAUAGAUCACUAAUUGCUAAAGUUAAUUCCAGUUGUAUAGAUGACAAACUGUUAUCUAAUUUAUCCAGUGAAUCAGUUCUUACUACUUUGAAUCAAAAUGCAUCGUGUGAUAGCACGAACAGAACAGAUUAUCAAAAGUGCAGUAAUCAUAGUGAAGUAUUAACCAAUUCAGAAAAGUUUUUCACACAAUCGCCUAGACAAGAAACUAGUUUAUCUAGUCGUACAAUAACAACAACAACAACAACAAAUAAUACUACACAUAAUCAUUGUAAAUCUACUGAACAGAGUAUUGAUGACUUGUCCAGUCGUGCUAAGGCGUUAUCACUUCAUAGUUUCCCUUAUCUCGUGAAAAGUUUAGAACUUAGAACUUCUAGCUUACAUGAGCAUAAAGCUAGACAAAUGAGACAGGCAGUUGGAAGACGUAUUUAUUCAGAUGCUGAACGUAAAAAAGCCUGUGAUCUACGUCGAAAUAAAGAAGAUUUAAUUUUAUCGGAAAGCAUUAAAGCUAAAGCUGAAAAACAUUUUCUUAAUGUAAAAUCUAAUAAAACUUUUAAAUCAUCUAAUUAUUUGGAGAGAAAUUCAACACAACUUAUGUCUACUAAUAGGGAUAAUUUGAAAGUAAAUGAUCAUAGCAACUCAAUUGAUGAAAACAAACUCAAUAAUAAUUCGAAUCAAACAAUUAAGUGUAAUUAUAAAGAUAAUGAAGUUUUUUAUUCAAAAGAUACAAAUUUGUCCGAUACCAUAGAUACUAAAGAGAUAAGUCUGGAAAAACCCGAACGUGAUGGUCAUAAUGGCGAAAUGCUUUCCUUAUGGUCUCGCUUAUCUAAUCGUCUGAAUAAUAAAAUCCCACCGCUUUGUCUCUGCAUGGAAUAUUCUCGCCAUGAUAUUGAUGAAGCCCCACCAUGGCUGAAAUGUGCCAAUAAUUGUAAAUUUUAUCAUAAUCCAGAAGGUAUGAGCAAGGAUUCAUAUUUUUCAACUUGAUCUGUUGCUCUCGGAUUGUCAUAUCACUCUACAUGUUGAAGUAACUAAUGAGCAUAUUCUCACGUGCCAACUGACUACAAACGCUUUUCUCAAGGUGUUACUGGACUAUAUGCAGUCGCUAAACCUGUCAUAAGGUCAAGAACAAAUCCCUAUCAUAUUAAACAGCUACAUUCCGUGGAAUUCGCAACUUUUGGAUCACAGUCAUCAGAUUGUGUUGGCUGAUUCUACUUGAAUAAAAAAAUAAUUGGC